AUGAACAAGUCAAGCGCCGCCUAUGCGGAGGCGGAGAUAGACAAGGCCAACACUCGCGAACAUGUCGAAGAGAUAGCUUUGGCACGAGUGACAGAGGAAGACCUGUGGAAACUCUCACAGGAGUCCUUGAACGUCUGGUCGUGGACAGGGUUCCGUCUCGGGCUCAUCAUGUUUAUUCACGGCUGCAAUCAGGCUGGCUUCGGGGUGGACUGGGGAGUCAUUGGCGGGAUCAACUCCAUGGCCCCAUGGCAUGACUACUUCGGUUUCGGGACCAGUGGUGGCACGUACGGCUUGCUAAAUGCUCUGAUGCAGAUCGGUACGGUCUGCGGUGCACCUUUCAUGGCUCUAGCGGAUGUCAUCGGUCGUCGUGGAAUCAACUUCACUGGGAAUGCCAUUGUCAUAUUCGCAUCUCUGAUGCAAGGCCUUGCGGUGAACCUUCCCAUGUUCAUGGCUGGUCGAUUCUUCAUGGGAUUUGGCACGGCACUGAUGUCCAGCUCACAAUACAUUGGUGAAAUUGCACCCAUCCAUCUGCGCGGUCGCAUGGUCGGGUUCUUCGGUGCUUGCUUCCAAGUCGGCAGUCUUGUCAUGCUCGGCGCCAUGGUUGGGCUCACGAAUUUGCCAGGAAACAACUGUUGGCGCAUCCCUCUUAUUCUCGAGGCUCUUUUCCCGGCAAUUGUCUGCGUGGGAAUCUAUCUGAUCACACCUGAGUCACCUCGGUUCCAUGUCUUGAAUGGAAAUCGUCAAAAGGCCAAGGAAAUCAUCGCCAAGUACCACACCACUAGUACCGAUAUCAAUGAGCCCAUUGUCGAGAUUGUGGUCAGACAGAUUGAGGAGUCGCUCGAGAACGACCGCACGGGUUACAGAGCUUUCUGGGACUACCGGGUCUUCUUUACCAAAGUAGCACGUUACCGACUCCUCGUUUUGGUUUUGUAUUCGCUAUUCCAGCAAUGGAAUGGGGGUGGUAUCAUCACAUACUAUUUGGUUCCAUCCCUCGAGCAGUUGAACAUCAAUGGCCCUAAGCAGCAACUUGGCAUCACCAUUGGCACUACCGCUGUAUACUUUGUCUUCACUGGCGUUGGCUCCCUUUUAGUGGAUAAAUUCAGCAGGCGGACCAUGAUCUUCACGGGUCUCAUCAGCAUGAUCAUCUUUCAGACAGCCACUACAAUUACAUCGUGGCAAUAUGCAUUGCAAGCCACCACUGCCGCGGCUGCACUCACUCUUCUCUGGAUCUUCCUCUAUCAGACCUUCUCGGCUACAUUUGUCGCAACCAUGCACAAUCUGUACCCGAUCGAGAUUCUGUCGCUGCCUCUUCGUGCGAAGGGUAUGGGCCUAUAUAGUCUCAUUCAAGGCGGUGCAGGAGCAGCGCAGUCUUACGGAAUCGGAGUCGGGAUCGAAAAAGUUGGAUACAAGAUUUGGGUCGUGUACAUUGCGUACAACUCUAUUCAACUCGUGUUGUCCUACUUUUUCUUCCCCGAGACUGGCGGUCUGGCUCUAGAGGAGAUAAACACGGUGUUUGAAACCCCGGGGAUCCACCCGGUGAAGAUGUCGUUGGAUAUUCAAAAAGCCAAGAAAGCAAGAGCCGAUGCGGGACGGGACGAAGAGGGCAUCGCUGAGCUAUAG